AUGGUUGGAAACAUCUCUCCUCAGGCAUGGUCAGUGCGAAUACCAAUUUGGGGCGCCGAUAAUGAAAGUAAACUAGUACGAAUACUCCGUGGACAAGAUAGUACUAAUAUACCAUUACUUGAUGGUGUAAUGCAUGUAACUACUCAAGUUGCAACCGAGAUUUUGGAGCUGAAUGCUGGUUUGAAUGCCCUACUAUUUUCAAUGUCAUUGGAAGCAAGCAUAAAGACGCCUAUGGCAAGAGAUUGUGAGUCAAUUCAGCUUCAUUUCAUAGAGUUUCGCUCAAAAGUUAAAGAUGACAUACUUAGAAAAGGAAAGACCAAAAUUGUGGUAGCACAAGAGCAUGAAGAAGAUGAGGAAGAAGAAGAAGAACAGGAAGAUGAAGAGGAAGCUUGGAUUGAAGAGGAUGAGGUUAGGGAUGAGGACCAGGCCGUAGAUAAGGGUAAUGAGGAUGCAGAACCACACUCCACAGUUCAUUCACAUACCCCAAAGAAAAAUAAAAUCGAUUAA